CUCAAGUGCACAUCAACACUUCCAAACUAACACGUCGUCAGGUCAAGAGUGCUGGAGUUGGGGUUCAUGAUCGUCGACCGAUGAUGGGUGUUGAAGCAAUUGAUGAAGAAGAAUCUGAAGAACCCAUAAGACUGGUUCCUGAUGAUGUGCAAAAGAAAUGGGCAGGUAUAGGUGAACUUGAGGACGAUGAAGAUCCAUUUGGAGUGAUGGCAAGUGAAACGACUGCUGAGAGAACACCAUCAGGACCUGUGGAUCGAGUUAAACAAGUAGAGGAAGGUGUGAGCAAUCUACCGAUUGAGAGUGGGAGUGGGACAGUAAGUGGUUCUACGGGGCCUAAACCACCAGGUGGGAAUUUGAAGACGAUCUUAAAUGAGGUUUGGAAUCAUGAUAUUAAGAAAUGGUGAUCGGUAUCACUAUUCUUGAUCUGUACUAAAGGACAAGUAUGUUGGAAUUCAGAAAUGAAAUGUUUUAUUAGCACAGGACAUAGUAGAACAUGUGAAGCUAUAUAGUGGCAAGUUGUAGUUAAAAGUGAUGGGUUGAACUUGUAAUUUGAUUUAAAUUUGCAUUGUAUACAUAUCAUUUUAUUUUGUUUUUAUUGAUUUCAAGAGUUUGGAAAUCAUUUUAUAUUACAU